AUGUCAUCAUCCACCCCAUCGAACUCAUAUUCGAUCACUUCUUCGACAAAGGACGGCUCCACCCGCGACGAAAUGGAACGAAUGGUCGCAGAGAUCCGUUUGGCUGCCAAGCAAACGGCAUCAGAACCUGUCAAACCCAAGGAUCUCACCGAGAACGAAGCCCAACAAAUGGUCACUGACAUCAAGGCAGCUCCUGAAAGCGAAGACUCCGAGACAUCGAAAGAGCUCACGGAACAAGAGGUGCACAGAAUGAUUGUGGAAAUGCGCCAAGCCGCUGAAAAAGCCGAUUCCGAGGAAGCUGCCGAACGUGAAAUGCAGAGAAUGGUCGACGAAAUGAAAUGGGCUACUGAAGAACAAGUAGACGAAGAAGCCGAAGAACGAGCGUAUCUCGAACGAAAACGAAGACAACGACGCCGAAAAAUAGAGCGAAGCCGAAGAACGAGCAAGAGCCCAAGUAGAAGUAGAAGUAGAAGCAAGAGCCACAGCGGAAGAAAAAGCCGAAGUAGGAGCCACAGCCGACGAUGA